UCACAGUCUCAUUCCUUCCUUUGGCCAGUGGAGACACUUUCCUCUCGGCCCGUUUCGUUCCUAUUUGCGAUUACAUAACAGAACGGUGGACUCUGCGUUCUUCGAAAAUUCCAAACUCGGACCGAUUUCAUAAAAGUCGAUAAUUAAAAUUCUAUAAUUAUUUAUAAACGAGUUAUGACUUUUAACAUCUAUGGGUGAUAAAAGUAUUGCGAGUAAGGCGUCAACGAAGAUUCAUCUAUUUUGGGAGUCGUUCACCAAAGCUGAAAGCAACUCGUACGAGAGGAGUGCCUGGCUUGAUUUGUUUUUGGCUGAAUCACUUUGGGAGUUACAUGGAGGAAAAACACCUGCUGAAAUAAUCUCUCUAAGCAGCAAUAACAUUGGAAAUGUGUUGGCAAAUGAAAUAGUCGCCGAUAUUAAAAAUAUUUGCACGCUCCGUAGCGAAGAUGAUGAUUUCAAACCAAUCCAGAAACACUUUUUGUGUGGGAGAGGUUGGAGGAGCAUCGCGCUUCUCCAUGCACUCGGAGUGCAGGAUGUGUUAUGUGCUGCCGAGCUGACGAACCUAUUGACGUCGGUUUACGCAGUGGAUGAUGGACACACUGACAGUGUGAAUCCUUUUGUCGUCCACAAGACUGCCCCUGAUAUCGAACAAGUCUGUAAAUUUCGUUUGAUAUCUAAAGUCAAAUUAAGGCUGUUCUCCAUAUCAAACGGUAUUGAUGGUUCUUCUCCAGGGCCUAGCCGAAAAGUUAGCUCUUCCUCGCAUUGCAAAAGAGAAAGAAGACAAGAGGAGAAGGUGAAAAGUACUACAGAUUCGGAAACGGUCGAACCCGAACCUCACAGGGCACACUCGUUAAAACUAUGGGUCGAUCCUAUGGAUUUGGAAUAUUGCACGUCAGUGCGUAGCGAUGAUGAAUUAAAAAGAAAUCUCUCAUGCCAGGCAGCAUUUUUUAGAAAGAAAAUUAAGAAACUUGUACCUGAUGAUUUUAAAGAUGAAAAAAUAACAACAGUUUUAAAAGAAGAAAUGAGCAGUUAUCAAUUCCGUGUGUUAGUAGUCGAAAUAUUGGAAGGAUUUUGCCAGAUGGAAAAGCCUAGAAACAAUCUUACUAUAGCGUGUUUUAAUUUUGCUCUGGAACAAUUGUGUUCUCUGCAAUUUAGCACUGUAGCUAACGCGUCCAAACAGAUCAAUGAACUUAAAGGUGGUAUGACACGUUUGUUUUUGACAGCAUUAGACAAAGUGCUAUUACAAGAGGAUGCCACCAACUCCAUUGUUACUAAAGGUGCCUUACCAAUUAUGCUGAGACUUUUAGAAGAUGGAAUCAUAAAAGCUCAUAAUAGUAAAAAGUAUAAUGCGCUUUUACAAGACUUCAUUUUUGGAAUGAUGUACGCUGUGAUUAACCUGAUUCAUAGUCUUCUUUUACAAAACCAAAAUCCAGAAAAAAUACCAAUUUUUUUUCCAUACUUUCAACAGUUUUUACAUAGUUUUAAUGGUAGGAUUAUCGAUAAAACAAUUUUUUGUAUGAUACAGGAUAACAGCGAGGGCUGGGAUACUUUAAACCGUGUUAAGAAAAUAAUAGAAUUGCUCAGUGAAUUGAUUUUAACCUUUAAACAAAUUCGAACCAAAUUUGUUCAUUUAAGGACUUGUAAAAAAGCAAAACACAAGGGUUGCCGUUAUGCAUUGGUGUCGCAUCAUCAUGAUAAUAUUUUUGGAAAAGUGUUUACAAACAAUUUACUUCCAUCUUCCCACUUGAAUGUUCAGAGCUGUGCGAUUACCUCUCUAUUUAUGAUUUUUACCAGAUUUCUUUCGGAACAGGCAGGAAGAGAAAUUACUAUAAAAACAAUGCAAGCGAUGAUGCAGUGUGGAACUUGCUGUUGCUUUCCGGCGCCAACUCUCGUGUCUCGUAUCUUGAAGGUGAUCCAACAGUCGGAUACAAAAGUCAAAAAUCUUGGACUGUUACUUCUAGAAAAAACGAUUUAUCGAGAGGUGGGAGCGAUAGAUUUAGUCACGAUGUGCCAGGUGUGCCUGAAUGUCGAAGAAAAGGAAGACAAAUCUUUCGCCGAUCUUACAAAACACAGAUGGACUUGUCUAGAAGCGUUUCAAGACAUGCUGCUUUCAUCAAAUUAUAACAUAACUUACACAAUAGGUUCCCACCUCAUGAGAAUAACCCCUAGAUGUUCCAUUCAGGUAAAGCGCGAAAUACUUUUUGGUGUAUUUUACCCCGUUUUUCUAAAAACAAAAAGACAAUAUGAGAGCAAUAAGACUGAGAAGGAAAGAUUGACUACAACCAUAUGUCUUUUAGCAUUCACCAAUCUUCUCGGACGGAUGAGAUUCGCCGAUGAAUUUGUACAUAGAAAUGGCAUGGUCCAUAUUUUAGAUUUGGUUAAAGAUAGAAACUUCACUAAUCAUUGUUGCAUAAUAAUCGAAAUGAUAAUCAUCAUAUGUGUGUGGAAGUUAGAGAAACAAAAUAUCGCUGAUAUGCUUGAAGAAAACUUACUAGAAAUUCAACCACUUCUUGAUUUUGUCCUCAAAUGCACGACUGAAUAUCUCAACUUAGUGAGGAAAACGGAAGUGUACACCAGGAAGGAAAAUUGUACUGAAAUUAUUUUCCCCAAAGAGACUGACAUCGACAACUAUAAUAAAAUACUCGAGAAGCUUGGGUUUUUCUGGAAAAGUUGGAUGAAUCUGUGCCUUUACUGUCCACAAAUUCGCGCCUUUUUCGACAGACGUUUGAGCAUGACUUGUCACACCCUUCUUUUACCAUUUUUACAAUUUAUCUCAAAAAGGAUAAAGAAAAAAGAAGAAGGAAGAACAGACUUUAAUGAUAAAAUUCACUUGUGCAAUCAACUGCAUUUGAAAUUACUGGAAUCACUAAUAAUUUUGAGUGUCAUUUGCCCAUAUUCUGGGAACCCAGGAGGGAUAUUGGGCUUAAAAACCAAACUGGAAGAAGUAAUCGAAGGAGAACUUGGUCUAAAGCAAAUUUGUGACGUCUUUAUUCGAAGCAGUGGUGCAAACCCUAGUAAAAAGAUUUUGGUUCCUAUCCAUCCAAUGCCAAAACUUGAUUUAGAAUUUGGACUAGCAAACGCUUUAGAGGACGUUAAUUCUGAUUCAUCUCUUGAAAAUUCCGCAGAUGAAGGAUACGACGCUGAUAUCGAUUUACCUUGCCAAACCCUACAAGAAAAAAAUAAUGCUUCUGUGAAAGGGAGUUUACCUCCGAGCAGAAGAAUCUCUUCAUUGCAUUAUGACAGGCGGUACUGUACAAUAGCCCAUCCGAGUCUUUGGCAUCUUGUCAUUCAUCUUAUUGUGACGUACUACAAGGACAAGAAAUGGUCAAAGGAAUGCGUUCAUAGCAUUUACAAGUUGAGCUCAUGCUUGAGAGACAAUCCCGAAAAUUCAGUCAAGCUUUCUAAAAGCGGUUUCAACAAAGAAUUAAUCUUGAAAUUUUCAGAUUUAUUAAUUUCAGAUGAAAAUAAAAAUAUUGAAAUGCAAAGUGCAGUGUUAGAUUUGUUCGGACAUUUGGCUAAGUACAAUAUUGACUCUAGUGAGCUAACUUUGUUUAUUAGGCUUUUCACCGCAGAUAAACCUCCUCUUAAAAUGUUAUUACCGUGCCUUCUAAAAUUAUUGAGUGGAAUUGUCCAACAGCCAAAAUACAUUUUAUGCUUUCCAGCUGCAUAUUCAAAUACAAACUUGGUCAACUCGACCAAUGCUCACAAACUGAGUAUAUCAAUGCAUCAGAAUCAUGUAUUAAGCGGAAUGCAUAAUUCUUGGACGAGGAGUGCGCUAUUUCUGCCGAUCAACACUGAGCUCGGUUGGGCCAUGUGGGUUCAAGGAUUUUCCAUUUCACUCUGGCUAAGAUUGGAAGCAAAUUUACCUUCAGAAUCAAUGGAACCAAAUGAUGGGUACACAGAAAGUACAAGCUCUGAAAGUGGUCGAAGUUCCGGAUUGGAUGAGUUCGAUGUCAAUCAGUUGUUGCAUAUAAUCUCAAUUGGGUAUGAAGCUCAUGUUCUUGAAUUUUGGGCUGAUACUUCCCGAGAAUUGUUGUACAUACGUUUAACACGUCCAGAUGGGGCCAAGCAGGAAGUUGUAUCCGAAGUUUCCCUCGAGGGUCGGUUGACAUCUAAUGCAUGGCACCACCUAGCCAUUUCAGUUCGGGAUUCCGUUCACAACAGUAGAGUCGUCAUUGAGGUUUUAUUGAUAAUUGAUGGAUGGUGUGAAAUGCAAGUCCCUCUUAUCUUUAAAGGGAUUCUAAUAAGAAAAACCAAGCCGACCAGUCUUAUGAUCGGUGAUACCAGGUUUGGCGUUGAAGAGGGGCUCAAAGUCGGCCGUUGGCAACUCGGCGGGCUGAUCAUGUUUAGAAAGCCCGUACUCAACAAGAAAACGAGCAUUUGGCUCACGGCUUUGGGUCCCGAUUGUUACAACAUGACCCAUUGCAGAGUCGGAAAUGUAGAACCAGCAUGGCACUCAGUCUUCAACCCCAAAACGAUGACAGUCGGGAUACCAUGGAAUGAUUUACUUAAAAAAAAGGACAUAAUAAAAGAGUUGCAGGAGGCUGUGUUGUUAAGUUAUUGCUCAAAAAGCCCAGAUGUGAUCAACUUAUAUCCUAUGGCUUCAGCUUCUUCAAGCGGGCUUGGUGGAGGAUUCCGAGUGAUUGGGAUGGAGCAAAGGAGCAGUCAGCUCGUCCCGAUGUCCGUACCUAUCGUCAUGUACUGCACUCCUAUUUUGCAGAACUACAGCGCUCUGACAUCCGCUAUCGACAAUUUGGGCGGAAUAUCUGUUUUUGUCAUUCUCUUCGCCAGGGUGGUUGAGCUUGGCGGGAACGAGUUAGAACAGGCACAAGCCUUAGAAUUAUUAUUGAGGUUGUGCCACUCGCAGCCUCAUCUGAAAUCGGAAUCGUUCAGCUACCUUCCUCUUAUGCGACAUGUCAUCGAGACAGAUCUUUGUAAACCUGGACCACAUAUGCUAAAGGCAAUUUUGGAUACUUGUUGCGAUAAACCAGGGCUUAUAACAGUAUUGGCAGACAAGCAUCAGGUGACCACCCAUGGAGAUUUCAUUUUAACAGAACCGUUUGUAGUAACAAAAUUGAUAAUUGGACCUGCGAAAUUUUGGAUGCCAUGUCUUUCAAUGUUUCUGGAUGCGUUGCUUUACAUUCUUAGAGACGACCAUCCGUACAGGGAAUUCAAUUCAAAUCAGCUCAACCGUGCAGAAGCUUUAGACGCCCUUCUUUACUUUUGCAAGGAAAGACUUGUUGAAGACAUUGGAAAACUUGACUCUUCCGUGUGUGCGUCCCUUGUCGAAGUAAUCAGAGGGCUGAUGACUGCUCCGCCGCAGUUGCACCAUCUCACUGUUUUAGCCGAUUAUUUAUUACUUGCACAAGCGUCUUAUAUUUCUUUUGCAAGGUCUUCUCUCUAUUUUGUUCUCCCUCCAAGGCCUCCGUCAAAAUACAAAAAAACAAAUAAAAGUAUUCACCUCAUCGAUAGGCAGGAUGUGAAUGAGUAUAAGGUUCUAUUUACCCAGCCUGUUGACCCAGGGCAACUCGAAAAUGCCGUUAAUAAUAUUCAAUUGAGGCAAAGUGGGACUCAGGGAGUAAAUUCUGUGGGGAAGGUUCGUAUUAAAGAGAUAAUUAAUAAUCGGAAAGUUCCAUCCUUCACCGAUAUCCAGCAAAGAGAUACAGUGAGCAAUACGAAGCAUUUACAUAACACAGGCCAGAAUAGAUUAAUGGGUGAUCCAAAGGAGACAGCGAGGAAUAAAUCAAACCAUUCAAAUUGCAUACUGAACAACAGAAAUGCGAAUUAUACAAGUGAGGAUAGCUCAUCUACAGAAGAAGAAGACAAUAAAUGCAAAGAGCAUAUCUUUACACAAGAAGAAAAUGCACCUGUGGAUGUUAAAGAAGGCGACGACAUAACGGUUGGACUUUUGAGCAUUUUAAGAGAUCAAAUCGUCGUGUCACCAGACAAUAUGGCCCAUACAGCUCUACAAAACAUUUUAAUACCAGAAUCGUUUAUCGCAAUGGUUAAUAAAAAUAAUACAAAUAUUACAACUGCUGUUGUUAGGGUAUUAUCAGUCUAUUUAGAGAGAACUAAUUCCGAAGAGAAAAACAGGUUUAUCAAGUUUCGAGGAUUUCAUCUUCUCGCAAUGCAGCUCAGUUAUGUGAUUCCUACUGCAGAUUUGGCCGAUGCGCUUGCUGGAAUUGUGACACGUACUCAUUGGUUGACGUUAAAACAGCAAGUGGAAGCCGACAUAAAUGACUUUUAUUUGCCCGGCCUUCCUCCUCUGUUGAGCAUUCUUCCAAAAUCUGUAACUCAUGUCACUCUCUCCCAUGACAUUACAGUUUUUCUCCACCAUCUUUUUCUCAAGAUUGGAGAGUGGAAAAAUAUUUUGGAAUACGGACUUGUUGAAGUGCUCUUAAAGACCUUAGUUUGUGUCAUACAUCAGUACGAUUUAAGCAACACUCAAGACAGCAAUCCUAAUUUAAUCAUCACUGACAUCAACAACUCUUUUUCUUCCAUAGGUCAACAUGCAAUCCAAACAUCAGGAAGUAACAACAUGCAGAUUUACGCAGACGUAAUAAUGCAAAUCGAAUACGUCUAUGGCCUUGAGAAUAAAAGUUGUGGAGAUGGGUCAAAGUGUUGUGUUGUCAUUAAACAACUUCAUUGCUCAUACAUUCAAUCCAGCCUUAAAUAUAUUGUCGAUGCGGUUUCAAUGCAUUCAAGGCGAUCCUAUUUUUUUUCAUCUGUCAUGACAUUUAACAAUGAUGAUAACGAAUCGUAUAAUUCGUCAUCAAGCUGUAAUGUCACACAGCUCGCCAGUAAACUUUCAAAAUCCGAAUUACAUGACAGAUUUAAAACUAUAAUCAGCAAAGCUGCUGAAUUGGUCGUUUACACAGAACCGGUAAAUGAUGAAAACAUCGUCAAAGGAGAAGAAAUGAGGAGAGUUUCUGAAUUUGCAAAGGAAGUCUGGCUCUUCAUACUUCAGUCUUUAGUAACAAUAAUUGAAAGAAAAUCAAUGUCGACAAGAUCAUCAUGGUCCAAUGUUAUCUGGGCCGUCAGAGAAACUGUCAGAACUCUAGGGUCUCAGAUGUUUGUCUGGCUUCUUUCGCCAUCGCACAGCAAGGAUUUGAAAAUGUUCUUAGUACAGACUCUCGUGAAUGAGGCGAGGGCGAAGGACGUCCUCGUUUACAUUAUUUCAAAUGCACAGCUUGAGAAAACCGUGGCGCUGUAUUUGUGGGACCUGCGCCACUGCGUUACAGACAUGUUAGACAGCGAUAUUCAAAUGUGCGACGAUAUAAUAUUCAAAAUUGAAGAGUGGUGCGGAAAUUCCGUGCUGGGCAUCAUAAACGGGAGUCCGAAUGACAAAUCCGCUGAGCUAAUUAUGGAAUGCGUUCAACAAAGUUUCGAAAGAUAUACUUGGAACACACCUCAUAUCACACAAAUUCACAAGGUUGUAUUCAGACAUGAAACGCUUAUAAUGGAAUUAACAGAGCGUACUUUUGGAGUGAGCAAAGAGGUCGACACGGUUCAAGGCCAUCAGAAAAAGCUCCAUCUCGAGACGAUCAAGGCAGGCAUGGGAGCAAAAGUGCUGACCGUUUUUAAGUGGAAGGAAAUAAUUUCAAAUCUCACUCAUGAACGCGCUGUAUGGCAUUUUCCGAAUACAUAUCCUCAGUCUUGGGAGCUUGAUCGUACAGAAGGGCCAGGACGAGUCAGAAUUAGGCUGAGGCGCUGUCAUUUAAAAAUGGACGAGAGAUAUUUUAAGAAAGAAUUCAUCGUGAAUUCCAGAAAAGAAGUGAAACAACCAUUCAGCUUUAUUUUUGAAGGAGCGCUGUCAACUAGUUCUGCCCUUAUUGACAGACUACAUUCAAAUACAAAAAUAAGACAUACAUGCCAGGCAAGCGUCAUUUCGCCCGAUCUUGUACUUCCAGGAGAACUUUUAAUUGGCCAUUGUUCAUUAUAUUUUGUACCAGGCUCUGAUGGAAACACAAUGGAAUGGGCAUUCUCUGAGAUCAAAGAACUUCAUAAAAGAAGGUUUGAACUUCAGGAUAGAGCACUUGAACUAUUUUUGACAAAUGGAAAAACUUAUCUCAUCGCUUUUGAAACAUUCAAGGAUCGUGAUAGUUUCAUAGCUGUCCUUCACGAAUGCGAUCUCGGGAACAGAAUGGCAAACGAGCAAUUGAGCACCGCUGUGCAAAUGUGGUGCGAAGGCUUGAUAACAAACUGGGAAUAUUUAAUAAUAUUGAACACCCUCUCUGGCCGGUCUUACAACGAUUUAAUGCAGUACCCCGUACUGCCGUUUAUACUGUCUGACUACAUGAGUGAUGUUCUGGACUUAACUAACCCCAAGACUUUUAGGAAUUUAAUGAAGCCAAUUGCGAUACAAGAAAAACAGAAUGAAGCUCAUUACAUCAAUAAUUAUAAUUAUUUGCUGAAUGAAAUUAACAAUGAUGAGCCGUAUCACUACAGCAGCCACUAUUCGAACUCAGGGAUCGUACUUCACUUUCUCGUCAGGCUUCCUCCUUUCACGAACAUGUUCCUGAACUAUCAGGAUAACAAUUUUGACUGGCCCGAUCGAACAUUCCACUCGCUGAACACAACUUGGAGAUUGACCAGUAGCGAAUCAGUAACCGACGUUAAAGAAUUGAUUCCUGAGUUUUUUUUCCUUCCUGAAUUUCUCUUAAAUUUAGAAGGGUUCAAUUUUGGAACGAUGCAAAACGGUCAGAUUGUUGAUGAUGUAAUUCUACCUCCUUGGGCAAAAGAUGCCCGAUUAUUUAUACUAAUUCACAGGCAAGCACUUGAAUCUGAAAAUGUGAAGGAGUACAUGCCUCAUUGGAUUGAUCUGGUUUUUGGCUACAAGCAAACCGGUAAAGAAGCGGUAAACUCAAUCAACGUCUUUCCUCCUGCGACAUAUUUCGGUUUUGAUCCUGAAUCUAUAAACGACCCGAUUGCUUGUUCGGCCCGGAAGUCAAUGGUGAGGCUGUACGGACAGACCCCCAAACAGCUCUUCGACCACCCACACCCGAUGGUCGUCAAAAACCUCACACCAACGCCGACCGCUCCGCCUGUCUUGCAAAGUGUCAAAGGACUAAAAUGGGGGCAUUAUGUGGGAUCGCCAGCAGACAGCCCGCCUAUAAUGGUCAGCCAGCGUAACCACUAUUAUCCGAUAACAACCCUUGUAGCUAUGCUGAGCAAUGAUGUAUUUGGUCUGGCGGCUAAUUCCACAUUGCUUCUCAGCUACAUAAAGGAAACAUCAACAUUGACAGCAAACAAGGGUCCUUCGACAGUCUUUGGAGCUGCUUUGAUAACUUGGUGUCAUGGGGAUGGAAUAAUUAGGGCGAAACUAACUAAAGAUCAGGUUCCGUUUCCAGCAAUCGGAGCGUACGGAGAGUCGAUUUUAUUUUGCACAUCCAUUCCUGAUUGUAAUCAGCUCUGGGUCGUUUACCUCUCUGGAAAAAUAAACGUUUACAAAUACUAUUUUGAUAAUACAGGCAAAUCUGUUGAAUUUGAUGAAGUCCCAGUGACAUUAGUAGGCCACAAGGAUAUGAUAUCUAAUGUAGCUAUAUCGAGGCUUUUCUCGAUUGCUGUAUCUGCUUCGCACGACGGUUCUGCUUCAAUUUGGGACAUAAAUACUCUAACAUAUAUUCGUUCCCUACCUGUGAUCUCAAUACCGAUUACUUUGGUGAGCAUAAGUGAAACGUUAGGUGACAUCGCCACUGUAGGACAGGACCCUGGGGGUGGAUCAAUCCUUCGCUUGCACUCAAUUAACGCCAAACUUAUCGGGAGCUUAACCACUGAAGAUAAAAUCACAGCGAUUACGAUUUCUUCAGCCCCUGAAGGACUUUCAGUCAAUGUUAUCGCAACAGGAAUGAUCGACGGUGUUAUAAGGUUGUGGAGUACUUGGGAUUUGACACCUGUAGGAAUUAUUACAGCACCUGUUCUAGUUCAACCUAUAAUUUGUUUAUCAUAUUCCCAAGAUUCUCAACAUUUAUAUGCUUCUACUGCUGAAGGCCUUGUUGUGAUCUGGCAAGGGUCAUCGUUGAAAUCAGCAGCCGUCGUUCCAAGAUUCUUAAAUCUACAAUAAUCCAUGUUUUUCAACGAAAUGUGAUUCAGCGUAUCAAAUCAGUAUUGAAUUGCGACAAUAAUUUUAAGUUUUUUGUUUUGUUGAAUUUCGAGCGAAUGAA